ACAGGUGGUGGAGGACUGUCACUCUCGAGUAGCUCUACAACAUGAAUGCUGUGAUGGAUACAGUGCACGGGUUCGGGGUGAGUAGCACCCAAUACCUGCAGACCCAUUACAAAGACGCCCAAGGAUGGUUUCUUUUCGUCUCCUUUGCGGCAGAUCUUAGGAACACCUUCUUCAUCUUCUUUCCCAUCUGGUUCCAUCUGAAAGAAUCAGUCGGCAUCAAGCUCAUUUGGGUGGCUGUGAUAGGAGAUUGGCUCAAUUUGGUAUUCAAAUGGAUCCUGUUUGGAGAACGUCCAUACUGGUGGAUCCACGAGACUUCCUACUACAUCAACAGCUCAGCGCCACAUAUUGAACAGUAUCCCAUGACCUGUGAGACUGGCCCAGGCAGUCCAUCUGGUCACGCUAUGGGCGCUGCUGGUGUUUACUAUGCAUUGGUCACGUCCAUCCUCGCCAUAAUGCUGAGCAAAGAGAACAAAUCCCCGUCCAAGAGCCUAUACUUGCGUGGUUCCCUUUGGACACUCUUCUGGGCGGUCCAGGUCUGUGUAUGUCUCUCUCGAGUCUUCAUCGCAGCUCAUUUCCCCCAUCAGGUUUUCGCAGGCGUUAUUUCAGGCAUGAUUGUUGCGGAGGCUUUCAACAGACAGAAAUGGAUCUAUAGUGCCAGUCUAAAGAAUUACUUCAACGUCACGCUGUUCCUGCUCUCGUUUGCGGUGGGCUUGUACGUGCUCCUGAAAGCUCUGGGUGUGGAUCUGCUCUGGACCCUUGAGAAAGCCCAGAAGUGGUGCGUCAAUCCAGCCUGGGUUCAUUUGGACAGCACACCGUUCGCCAGCCUGUUGAGGAACAUGGGCACCCUGUUCGGGCUGGGACUCGGCCUUCACUCCCCACUGUACACGGAAAGCAAGAAGAGCAGCAGCGCUCGCGUCAGGAUCUCCUGUAUCGUCUCCUCUCUGUUUCUUCUCCAUCUCUUCGAUUCCAUCAAGCCUCCCACACACACGGCUGCUCUCUUCUACCUGCUGUCUUUCUGCAAGAGCGCCACUGUUCCCCUGGCCACGGUCAGUAUCAUCCCGUACUGCGUGUCCGGAGCCCUCGGUUUACAAAGCAAGAAACAGCUUUAAGCUGGGAAAGAACUGUACAAGACUGUAAGCAACGGCGCAACUAUUUACAGUAUUUCAGACUAUAGCACAUUUUCCAGUUCAUCCCAUCAGUCGAAGAAACACUAACUGAUGAACAACUCGCCUGUUUAAAUGUGUUUUCUAACUAAGGGAUGCAGAUAACUAGUUUAAGUUAAACACUGCUAUAUUGUAUGUACUGUUUAUGAUAAUGUGUUGUGUAAGAAUUGUGAAUUUUAGAAAAUAUAAAUAUAUCU